AGUGAUACGGUAACCUCACAACCCUUGGAACCGCCUUUCUUUCUCUUCCUCCCCAAGAAAUGAAACUCGAGAAAGCUUAAAAAGCAGCAGUCCAUAAUGCCCAACAACCGCCUUUAGCAUCCCAAGCUUUUCUUUUAUAAACCUUAUUGCCCUACACAUCUUCUUUUCUUCAGCCAAGAACCAAAAUUGCAACUUCUUCUCAUUCCAGUUUCUGUCUUGAACUUCACUCCAUCUUUAUCUCAGAUCAUCUUUUCCUUGAAACCCUCUUUUGGUUUCUUGUAAAAUGAGUAAACAAGAGGUCAUGAAGAUGCAGACUUGGGUUCUCAAAGUGAAUAUCCAGUGUCACUGUGAUGGCUGCAAGCAGAAAGUAAAGAAACUCUUGCAGAAAAUUGAUGGGGUUUAUACUACCAGUAUAGAUACAGAGCAGGGAAAAGUGAUAGUGACAGGGGAUGUUGAUCCAGGAGUUCUCAUCAGGAAGCUUGAGAAGUCAGGAAAACAUGCACAGCUGUGGGGAGCUCAGAAGGGGUUCCAGAAUAAUCUAGGCAACCAGUUCGGGAAAGGUGGGAAGGACAACAAAUCUCAAAAGGGUGGGAAUAAUCAGCAGAAUGGUGGCCAUAAAUUUGCUCCACAGCAGAUCAAGGGAUUCCCUAUGGAACUCAGUAAGGCACCUUCCAAAGACCAGAAAUCUGUUAAAUUCAGCUUGCCUAAGGAUGAUUUUGAUGCCAGUGAUGACGAUUUUGAUGAAUUUGGGGAUGAGUUUGAUGAAUUUGGGGAUGAGUUUGAUGACGAGGAGGAUGAUAUGGAGGACUUUGGGCAUGGUCAUGGGCAUAACAAGAUGGUGCCCAUUAUGGGUAAGGGCCAUGGACCACAUGGGCCUAAUGGGUUUCCAAUGAAUGGUAAAAAGGGAGAUGGGUUUGUUGAGUUUGGGAAGAAAGGAGCUGUCAUUGAUAUGCCCAUGGUAAUGAAGGGAAACGGUGAAAACAAAGAAGGAAGGGAUGGCAAGGAAGGAAAGAAAGGGGGUGGCGGUGGUGAGAGUAACAAAGGAGGCAAAUACCAUGGGAAAGGCGGCGGAGAUAAGAAUGGUGGUAAAAAAAAGGGUGGUGGUGGGUUGCUAGGGUUUUUAAAGAGGGACAAAAGUGGGAAGGAGAGUAGUGAUAAGAAGGGUAAAAAUGGAGGAGACGGAAACAAUAAAAGCUCCAAAUCCAAUGAUGGCAGUGUAGGUGGUGGGGGAGGGAAAAAUAAUGGUAACGGAGCUAAGAAAGGUGGAGGCAAGAACGAUGGGUCCCAUGAAAUGAAAAAUGGUGGGUUUCAUGAUAUCGAUUUCAUUAACCAUGGCAAAGGAGGAAGAGGUGGUGCAGAUGGCGGUGGUGGAGGUGCGGGUAAAAAUAUGGGCCAGAUGGGCCAGAUGGGUCAAAUGGCUCAAAUGGCUCAGAUGCGUCAAUUGGCUCAGAUGGGCCAAAUGGGUAACUACCCAAUGGGUCAGAUGGGACAUUUCCCCGCGGUGCAAGGCUUACCAGCAGCUGCAGCAAUGAAUGGUGGAUACUAUCAUGGGAUGGGUGCAGGGAACCCCUACAGUCAACAGCAAUACAUGGCCAUGAUGAUGAACAAUCAGCACCGUCCAAAUGGCAAUGGGAUGGGUGCAGGGAACCCCUACAGUCAACAGCAAUACAUGGCCAUGAUGAUGAACAAUCAGCACCGUCCAAAUGGCAAUGAUAUGUAUCAACCUACGAUGUAUGCCCGGCAAUAUCCUCACACAAACUAUGGGCACCCACCCAUGCCCCCUCCAGUUCCUGUUGAUUCUUAUUCUCACUACUUCAGUGAUGAGAACACAGAGAGCUGCAGCAUCAUGUAAAGCCCCUAGAUUAGUUCUAUAUUUCCUUGUUUCUACUUUUUCUCCUCUACUGUUGAUUAUACAAGAGUGCAAGACGUACUGAAAAGCAUUGCUUGUGGUACUUGAUAAAGAAAAAUUUUGUUUCGAAUCCCUCAGGCUCUUUUCUUUUUUCUUUAGUUUCCUAGUUCUAGCAUUAGGGUAAUUUAUGUAGAAGAAAGUUGAGUUUUGAGGGACAAAACCAUGUGAUUCGCUCAUAAUUUGGGCCUAUUAAUGAUC